CCCUGCGCGCCAGCCCCGCCCCCUCGCGGCUGAGCCCCUCCGGUCUCCCCUCGGCGGGCCGCUCGAGACCCCGACGGGGCCAUGAAGCUCGUGCGGAAGGACAUCGAGAAGGACAACGCGGGCCAGGUGACGCUGGUCCCCGAGGAGCCCGAGGACAUGUGGCACACCUACAACCUGGUACAGGUGGGCGACAGCCUGCGCGCCUCCACCAUCCGCAAGGUGCAGACCGAGUCGUCCACGGGCAGCGUGGGCAGCAACCGCGUGCGCACCACGCUCACGCUGUGCGUGGAGGCCAUCGACUUCGACUCCCAGGCCUGCCAGCUGAGGGUCAAGGGCACCAACAUCCAGGAGAACGAGUACGUGAAGAUGGGCGCCUACCACACCAUCGAGCUGGAGCCCAACCGCCAGUUCACGCUGGCCAAGAAGCAGUGGGACAGCGUGGUCCUGGAGCGCAUCGAGCAGGCCUGCGACCCAGCCUGGAGCGCCGACGUGGCGGCCGUGGUCAUGCAGGAGGGCCUCGCCCACGUCUGCCUGGUCACCCCCAGCAUGACCCUCACGCGCGCCAAGGUGGAGGUGAACAUCCCCCGCAAACGGAGGGGCAACUGCUCGCAGCACGACCGCGCCCUGGAGCGCUUCUACGAGCAGGUGGCCCAGGCCAUCCAGCGCCACAUCAACUUCGAGGUGGUGAAGUGCGUGCUGGUAGCCAGCCCAGGGUUCGUGCGGGAGCAGUUCUGCGACUACAUGUUUCAGCAGGCGGUGAAGACGGACAACAAGGUCCUCCUGGAAAAUCGGUCCAAAUUCCUUCAGGUGCACGCCUCCUCUGGACACAAGUACUCCCUGAAGGAGGCCCUGUGUGACCCUGCUGUAGCUAGCCGUCUUUCAGACACUAAAGCUGCCGGGGAAGUGAAAGCCUUAGAUGACUUCUAUAAAAUGUUACAGCACGAACCUGACCGGGCCUUCUAUGGACUCAAGCAGGUGGAGAAGGCCAACGAAGCCAUGGCCAUCGACACAUUGCUCAUCAGCGACGAGCUCUUCAGGCACCAGGACGUGGCCACGCGGAGCCGCUAUGUGAGGCUGGUGGACAGUGUGAAGGAGAAUGCAGGCACGGUCAGGAUUUUCUCCAGUCUCCACGUAUCUGGGGAGCAGCUCAGCCAGUUGACAGGAGUGGCUGCCAUUCUCCGCUUCCCUGUCCCUGACCUUUCUGACCAAGAGGAUGAUUCUAGUUCUGAAGAGGAUUAGGGCUCGAUGCUGGAGACCACCUGCGUGUGACUUCCUCACUGUGACAAGCUCAAGAGUGGCAGUUUUAGGUGCCUGCUGGGAGUGUUCAUGUGUUGGUAGCACUUGACGUUUCAGGGCUUGCAGAACAUGUACUCAAUA